UGAUCUAUUGAUUUUUGGCUCCAAAACUAAAAAAUUCCUUCUCUUUACUUUUUUACCUAAAUCCCACUACGCCCCCACUACCCUAAUAGCUCUCCAGGCCACUACUUCUGGACUAAAUUAUUUGGAGUGGCUAAAAGAACCCAAAUUCUUUUGCCGCCCUGUUAUGGUUUCUGAAGUUCGAUCGAAAGGCUUGGUGGUGGUAGCGCUUGAUGAACUCGACGUCGGGGCUUGUUCUCUCAAAUCUAUUCCUUUCAAGUUUGGUAGCAAUUAAUUGAUUCUUGCAACCUAUACAAGUAAGGAUGAAAUGGUUGCUAAAAAAAUGAGUACCUUAAGGGAAAGGCAAAGGAGCAACAACUCCCUGAUGACACUCCUUUGGAAGAGAUACUUGUUGAUGAUGAGGAAGUUGGGUUAAAUAUUAUGACAUCUGUUCUUGGUACACAACCAGGACGUCGCAUUCGUGGUAUGGGAGAUGGCCGUCUUCGUGAAGUUGGUCAAUCUUCUGCCAAAAUCCAGCAAUUGUCAGAUGAGUUGGAACGUGAACGUGCUGCUCGAAAAGCUUCUCACAUGGCUCGAAUUGUGGCAGAGGAGAUGAUGCAAAGAAAAAAGAAGAAAGUUGAACAGAGCUUCAAUAGUACUUUGAUGUCUUGGCAUAACUCUGGAAAAAUUAUGCAAUCAAGUUCCUGGUAUUGUUCUUCCCUCGUUUGUACCGGUUUCAAUAGAUGGUGGUAGUGAAGAUGAGGAUGAUACUUUUGAUAAUGAAGGAGAUUUCGACGAGGCAAAUUGUGAAGUUGAAUAGAGAUUGUGAUAUGACAAUUAUUUGUUCUCAAAUACUUUAUUUUGUUUUUCUUACUAAUCAUAUGAUAUGUAAGACAUUAUCUUUCAUUUCCCUUUGAUAUUACUCAAACCAUCGUUUACUAGGAUAAUCAUUAUCAAGUUUAAUCUACAAAUAUUAUUUAUUCAGUGUUGUGUUGAGACAA